ACCUUUCGUCAUGCUUCUGCAAGCUUACUUGACUUAUAGACGGUACGAAACGGACCUUUGCUUUCGUCGCUCGGAUAUGUCCUACCGUUUCGCUGCACAUCGAUUUUCAACCAAUUACAACAGAGUACGAGUAUGCGGCACGACCGCUUGAUUUUUUUUAUUGGUUUAAGUUAUAAUGUUCAAAGCAACUCUAUCUGCACGGGGCCCCAGCUAGACCACACGAACGGAGGUGCAAGGCAGAUUGUGACCGGCCUUUGUGACCGAGGCUACUGGACUACAACGUACUUCCUAUCAACAAAAUGAACAUCCGUUUUAUUCUAACCGUUUAAAAGGUUGAACAGGCCAUCAUCCUCGAUAUAGUAAAGGUCAAUCUUGGCAAGAGGUGCAUGGAGGAGGAGUGUAAUGACAACGCUUUACGUGCUUAUUCCUUGAAUGUAAUAUAAAUCUGCGGUUAACGCUGUGAAUAGAAGAUAAAAUUGAACCAUUAUCAAUUCAGAUUUAUAAGUGACAUUAAGGGCAGUGAGCACCACAAUGGUUGCUUUCAAGUUACUCGUCAUUUCUGCGAUUUGGGGUGCCAUUGCAGCCUGGUCCGGUUAUCGAGCAGCAGCUCUUUCCUAUACACAUGAGAGGGGAUGGGAAUCAUUAUGGUUUGGAUUCCUUGCUGUUGCUACAUGCUGCAUCUCUAUCCUGUUCUUGUGGAUACUGACACUUCGUCCAUCUCCUCAGCAGGGAGUUCUGUCGGUCCUGCGCCAAGUAUACUAUGCUGGUACUUCUUACAUCAGAGGAAAGUAUCACCUCUGGCAAAUUAAGGCAGCAUGGGAGAACCCUCACUAUGCUCAGGAACAGUUUCUGUUAAGAACUCUCAAGGAGAAUGGGGACACCGACUACGGAAGGAAGUUCAAGCUCAAGAACUUCCGGAGCGUAGAAGAGUUCUGCAAACAUCAUCCGUUGACGGCCUACGAAGAUUACAAACCCUAUGUCGAGCGUGUGAUGACUGGAGAGCGUGAUGUUAUGACCGAUGUGUUUCCAAGGGCAUUUAACAGAACAUCCGGUACGACAGGUCCUUCGAAGUAUUUCCCACAGAAAAAUCACAGGUAUAGCAUUACAAGGAUGUUAGAUAUCACCUAUACUAAUCUAUACAAUCUCUGUCCACGUCUGAGGUUACUUCAAAAGAAGUUAUUUCACUACGUCCAGCCAGAAAUACAAAUAACUGAAGGUGGGGGAAGCAUGAUCACGAUCGCUGUGUCAGUUUACGAGGAAGAUGGUCUCAUAGACGCCUGCCAUACCACGCCGCCAAUGGGAUUUUGCAUCCAAUCCAUGAAAGAGGCAAAUUAUGUCCAUGUUCUUUUUGCUCUCCUGGACCCAAACCUGGGUGUGAUCGGUAGCGUGUUUUUAGGUUCAAUCGACGCAAUGAUGAAACAGCUGGAGAAUUGCUGGAAAGACAUCAUCUAUGAUAUAGAGCAUGGAACAAUCAAUGUGAAAAUGAGGUUCAACGAUGUUCGCAUCAGGUCAGCAUUAGAAAAGGCUCUUGGUAAUGGUCAGCCGGAGAGGGCGGGCGAGCUUCGACGUCAGUUCAUGAAAGGAUUUGAUGGUAUCAUGAGGAGGGUAUGGCCGAGCCUAGAGACGUUAUUUGCCAUAGAUAACACUGGAAUUUGGCCGCUUUUCAAAGCAAAAUAUGCUGAAGGUAUAACAUUCGUGAACUAUGCAUACGGAAAUUCAGAGGGGAUGUAUCUCGCAUGUUCUCCGUGGUAUUAUGAGGAUAACAGAAGCAUGAUUCUCUUCCCCAACUUCGCCUUCUACGAGUUUAUCAGACUUGAAGAUUCGAAAGAAAGUCAGCCUGAAACUCUUCUCAUAGAUGAAUUGGAGGUCGGGCAGGAGUACGAGAUCGUCCUCACCCAAGAUAGCGGAAUCUAUAGAUACCGGAUUGGAGAUGUCGUAAGGAUAACCGGAUAUUACUACAACUGUCCUACAUUCGAAUUCAUGUACCGGAUGGGUUUGAUCCUGAAUUUGCGUUACGAGAAGAUGAACCAGGUUGUCCUGAAAGAAGGACUCCGGUCGGCCGUGGGUCAGCUGAAUGGUGUAAUUCUAAUCGACUAUGCAGUAGCUGAGAGCACCCUUAUUCCGAAAUCAUCACCAGCAUUCGAAGAGAGUGAAGACAUGCCGUAUUACGUGAUGUUCUUAGAACUAAGCAUGGGAGGAAACAGGAGUAAAAACGACCAGGCCGAAUUUACGAAUGUUGAUGAGAUCAGAGCUUUGGUCGACGAAGAGCUGCGUGCACGUAACAGUGAUUACCAAGAACUACGGAGAGGAGGCUCCAUAUCACAUCCCCGUGUUUUCAUCGUGAAAGCGGGAACAUUUGACGAUUUGAAACAAUACGUUGUGAAAAAUACCACCACAUCAGCUAACCAGUACAAAGUGCCACGGAGAAUUCACAACGUCGACGCCCUUAACUUCAUGUAUGGACAUGCAAUUAAAAUCGUUCCUGUGCAAUGAGGUGCUGCACUGUAAUACAUCUUAGGUCCAUGGUUUAAUAGUUAGCGUGGGCUUGAGCAACCCCAAAACUCUUAACAUAAGAAAAUAAUUGAUUGUAUAACUCCAAUCUUACUUUGUCGGCAAGUGUCAAUUAAGUAGUUGCAGUUAGUAACCAUUCGAUAUAAUAGCUUUCGAAAACACUAUACGUUUAAACGUUAAAAGCAAAAUAAAGCAAGAAAAUGUUCAAAUGUUAUCAUAUUUCGAUCUGCCGCAAAACGCUGUCUUCUAUAUUAUAACAAGUUUUAACCAUGGUAACUUGGUUUUAUUAUUGUUUUUAUUCAUUAAGCUCCCCUCUAAUUUCAUCAAAUCCACAUCACUCCUUUCAAUUGAGGUUCCAUACACAAAUGUUGACAUUUCUAUAGAAACACAAUCCAUAGCUAGGCAUAUAAUUAAAUUACCAUUUGGUAUACAUCCAUGUUAUUUUUUUCCAUUAAGACUCAUCCAAAAUGGUUUUAAUUCAUUUACAACGAAAUUGGAGUAAUUAAUACCGUAUGGACAAUCUUUGAAAAACAGUGACACCUAAUGAAUGUUAUACCAAGAAAUGUAAAUGAUCAUUAUUGCCAUCCCCACUCCCUUCCUCUUUAUAUGCUGUUAUGAAAAUAGCGUUAGUAACAUUAGUAUCUAAUAGGAUGAACUGGCGGCGAUGACUACAGAUUGAUAAUUAAAAAAUCCACCGAAAAUUCGUCAAUUGGGGAAGUAGAAGUGCCCUUAUUUCGACUAAGAUGAAAUAUUUGGAAAAGCUGUUUGAUUUUAAUUAAUAUUCCACGUAUCUAUCAGUAUAAAACUUCAAUUUGGUAAAAUAAUUGUUAAAUCUUCAACUCGACAUCAACUAUUCGUUUUACUAUCAUUACAUAGAUGUACCAGGGAUAUUUUUACUCGUUUUUACCCAUGUCCCAUGUUUAGAUGUAUAUAAUUAGAGAAUAUUCCGAGUUAUACUUUCGUUGUGCAUGUAAUACUUAUUUUGAAUAUAUCUAUUGUUGCUAUUCUCAUCAAAAUGCUGGAACACUCUUCAAUUUUGUUCAUCUUUCCCCCUUCCUCCUUUCCCUCUAUCUGUACACUACUCUCAUCUCUUCCCGAUCUUUAUCAUUAUCCGUCAUUUUAUAUGUGCCUCUCGUCAUCAACUCUUCUCUUAAUUUGUCGUUUACUUAGUCUCUAGCUAUUUUUUAAUAUGUUUUCUAUUCGUCCCUUUCCAUUCUUGAUCUUCUCUCUCUUCUUCCUUUUAACCUUUCUUUUCUUCCCCUCUCCCUGUUCCUUCUACUUAUCUUUCCCUCUUUUCAAUCUUUACUUCCUCUCUCUUUCCCUUCCUAUCCUUCAUUUCUCUCGUUCCCAUUUUCUCUCUCAUUUAUCCUCCUCCGUUGUUCACCCCUCUCCAUUUCCUUUCUUCACUUUCUUUUCUUGCCUCGAUCCCUACCUAUCUUUUCCUUCUAAAUUUUAUAUUUCUUUUCUUCUAUUUCUUUUAAUUCUCUCUCUCUCUUCCCUUCCCUAUUUUCUUUUAAAGGUUUCAAAGGGAGGGGUUGUUAGAUACCCGAUCUGAACUGUAAUGAAAAGAAUAUCCUCAUUUAUUGUUGUUCACCCAUCAACAAAUUAAUGACCCCCUUUAUUUCUAAGAACAUCCUGUCAUGAUUUGGGAGGCGGAUGUGAUCAAAGGAGAGGGGUGGGUGAACCAGGAGCAAGACUAUCCCGAACUGUUGACAAUAAAAUAACAAAACAACAAAAAAUCGACCAGUACAGCCAGUUUUGCAGGUGUUCGCUUUGUAGCACGUCUACUUAGUAUGAUCUUGGUCAAGUAGCAUUCAUUUCAACCUUUCAUUCCCCUCAUUAGGUUUUUUAAUAACUGUUUUUAUCAAAGAAUUGAUGAUCCCAAUCGAUUGCACGUUAUACACAAUGUAAAUUCGCAAAUGCCUAUAAUGUUCAUAAUUCAGUUUUAUCAUAAGUUUGUCAAAUUUAGUGUUUCCUUUAUAGAGAUGAGAUUGUCGGUGUAUAGUUCACAUUGAAGGGAGGGGGAUGUGUAUGUAUGGAGAAAUAACUUAUCUAAGAAAGUUAAAGAAUGGAUCGUUGACUCCAUUACAUUAAACCACUAUUAUUUCAUACAACA